AAAGAUCUUACAUCAGACAAAGAAAGAGAAAAUUAUAAACUAGUCAUCGAUCUCUUUAUCGGAUUUGCACAGAGAAACAAAACAAAACAAAAACAAUGAGAGAUUCAGUAUACUUGUUAUGGAUCGAUCGAUUAAGGGUGAUGAUGAUGGUGAUGAUCAUGAUGGUGUCAUGGAGAUGUGUUUUGGGAUUAGAGAACAUAAAUCCGAUAUUCUUUGAUGAAGGUCUUUCUCAUUUAUUCGGUGAAGGUAACCUCAUCCGAUCACCUGAUGAUCGUAGCGUCCGAUUACUCCUCGACAAAUACACCGGGUCAGGAUUCAUCUCAUCAAGCAUGUAUCAACAUGGAUUUUUCAGUUCGUUGAUAAAGUUGCCGGGAGCUUACACGGCUGGUAUUUGCGUCGCCUUCUAUACAUCAAACGGAGAUGUGUUUGUGAAGAACCAUGAUGAAUUAGACAUUGAGUUUUUAGGGAACGUUGAAGGAAAACCGUGGCGGUUUCAGACGAAUAUGUAUGGAAACGGUAGCACAAACCGCGGUCGUGAAGAACGCUACAGUCUUUGGUUUGAUCCUUCCAAGGAGUUUCACCGUUAUAGCAUCCUUUGGAAUCCAACCAAAAUAAUAUUUUGGGUAGACGAUGUACCAAUAAGAGAAAUCAUAAGAAAAGAAGAAAUGAAUGGAGACUAUCCACAAAAACCAAUGUCUCUCUAUGCAACCAUUUGGGACGCUUCAAGCUGGGCUACUUCCGGCGGAAAGUUCGCCGUAGAUUACACAUUUUCACCUUUCGUCUCUGAAUUCAAAGACAUUGCUCUCGAUGGUUGUAAUGUCUCCGACUCAUCAAUCCGCACCGUCACCGGAGACAACAACAACAUCAACAUAAAUUGUUCUGUCUCCGACCAACUUCUAACGACCAAUGAUUACUCGACCAUUAGUCCUAAACAAGGAGCCGCGAUGCGACGGUUCCGGGAACGUUAUAUGUAUUAUUCUUAUUGUUAUGACACUGUACGAUAUGCCGUGCCUCCGCCGGAAUGUGUGAUUGUGACAGCUGAGAGAGACCGGUUUAAGGAUACCGGACGGUUAAAGUUUGGUGGUAGUCAUAAAGCUCGGAAAAGACGGAGGCGGAAUCGGUCCACGCCGGUGGUCACGGCUGAUCUAUAGCAUUAAUUAAUUAGUUUUUUUUUUGUCUUAGUUUAAUUGGAAGUUUAGGAUAUUUCGCUUUAAUUAAUUUCCGAGUAUGUGUAAAAUAUAGUGGUUUAUUAUAGAGUUUAUAUCCUUUAGAUCUUAUCCCA